AUGUCUGACCCAGACGCCACAACUCCGCGUGUCUUCCUCAUCUGUCACGGUGAGACCGAAGAUACCAAAAACGGCCUCUUCCCAGGGGGAACCGACCCUGAACUCACCCCAGCAGGGGAAAGCCAAGUGGUGGCCACCCGUAUCAAGCUCGUUGGCCCUGGCAAGCUGAUCGAUCCAGCAAACGUCGCUCAGGCAUGGAUUAGCCCGCGGAAACGAGCCAGGCGUACCUUUGAGCUCCUCUUCGCAGACGGUCGUCAUGGCAAUGAUCUGAGAAUUCCAUUCAAGGCUACCCUAACAGAAUAUAUCGCAGAGUGGGACUUUGGCAGAAUUGCACUUUUCGGUAAGAGGCAGAUUCGUGAAUUGCAGAACCAGGUCUGGGACAUCGAUUGGGACGACGGGGCUGAUUUGCGCGAGGGCGAGUACGAUCUGCCCCACUCGUGCCCUGUUUAA